GGGGAGCGCGACGCUCCGCCCAGACGCUCGGGUCCCUCCCUCCCCCAGUUCUCCGCAGGCGCCCUCCUCUCGCCAGGGGCUGCGAGUUGCAUUUGGUAAAACCCAGCCCCGGAAUAUAUAGAUCAUUGGAGCGCAAUGAAGUAGGCUUCGGAGAGGAGGGAGGGGGCCGGUUCGACAGCCACAUCGGCCAGCGCAGCGGCAGCACCACCAUCACCGCUCGCACCCUAGCCGCCCGGCCCGCGAGGAGGCAGCGGCGGCCGCCGGCAGGCGCUGAGGCGGCGGCGGAGGAGAAGCGAGGAGGACCAGCGGGAGGAUCCAGAGCGCGCAGUCGGCGAGUCCACGCAUCUUGGCACUUCCAGAGCAACUCCGGCGUCUUCCACACCCUUGCCCGGGGCUAGAGGCUCUAAGAGCGGCCGCAGAGCCAGGCGGAUCCUCCUCUCGAGCUCUCUCAACCCUGCCCUGCGCCUCCCGGGCUCUGCUCCGCGCGGCGAGGUCCCCGCUCCUGCGCCCCGGGCGCGCCUCCCGGACACCCCGGUACCCGUAGGCAGGACAAAGCCAUGAAGCCGGCGCUUCUGGAAGUGAUGAGGAUGAACAGAAUUUGCCGGAUGGUGCUGGCCACUUGCUUGGGAUCCUUUAUCCUGGUCAUCUUCUAUUUCCAAAGUAUGUUGCACCCAGUCAUGCGGAGGAACCCCUUCGGCGAGGACAUCUGUUGCCGGAAGGGGUCUCGAAGCCCCCUGCAGGAGCUCUACAACCCGACCCAGCUGGAGCUCUCCAACACCGCGGUCCUUCACCAGAUGAGGCGGGACCAGGUCACAGACACCUGCCGGGCCAACAGCGCCAUGAGCCGCAAGCGGCGCGUGCUGACGCCCAACGACCUGAAGCACCUGGUGGUGGAUGAGGACCACGAGCUCAUCUACUGCUACGUGCCCAAGGUGGCCUGCACCAACUGGAAGCGGCUCAUGAUGGUCCUCACCGGGCGGGGCAAGUACAGCGACCCCAUGGAGAUCCCGGCCAACGAGGCGCACGUCUCCGCCAACCUGAAGACCCUGAACCAGUACAGCAUCCCCGAGAUCAACCACCGCCUGAAAAGCUACAUGAAGUUCCUGUUCGUCCGCGAGCCCUUCGAGAGGCUGGUGUCGGCCUACCGCAACAAGUUCACCCAGAAGUACAACACGUCCUUCCACAAGCGCUACGGCACCAAGAUCAUCAAGCGCCAGCGGAAGAACGCCACGCAGGAGGCCCUGCGCAGAGGGGACGACGUCAAGUUCGAGGAGUUCGUGGCCUAUCUCAUCGACCCGCACACGCAGCGCGAGGAGCCCUUCAACGAACACUGGCAGACCGUCUACUCCCUCUGCCACCCCUGCCACAUCCACUACGACCUCGUGGGCAAGUACGAGACGCUGGAGGAGGAUUCUAAUUACGUCCUGCAGCUGGCGGGCGUGGGCAGCUACCUGAAGUUCCCCACCUACGCCAAGUCCACAAGAACUACUGACGAAAUGACCACAGAGUUCUUCCAGAACAUCAGCUCAGAGCACCAAACGCAGCUGUACGAAGUCUACAAACUCGAUUUUUUAAUGUUCAAUUACUCAGUGCCAAGCUACCUGAAAUUGGAAUAAAGGGGGUGGGGGGGAGCGAGGGAGAGAAUUGUGCUUUUUAAUUUAAGAUUUUUAUUUGUCAAAAAGAAUUAUAUGAAUAUUGGGUUAUUUUGUAAAUUAAUAUUCCUUUGGGGAUGAUGCUGCGAGCAGCGUGGUGAGAAUUAUUUAAAGCCCUGGGUAGGGAAGGACAAGCCGUCUGGGCAGGGCAGCAGGGGGGUCCCUGUCUCUAGACGCGAACACUGCAACACUGUCUCAGAGGUCUCCUUGUGUUCUGGUGAAUUCCACGAAGUGUGCAUUCCACAAAUUCUAAUUAAUAUUAUUUAUAGUUAUUUAAACAUAGUCUCUGUAUAGAGUUCAUUUUGUGGCAGCAAGAGUCCCAUGUUUCUGCACAAGGAAUCUGUGUUUCACUCUUCGCUCACUCUGGCUCAUCCGGGGUGUGAAUGUCCCCGCUCGCCGCUCAGAGACUCCCUGCGUGAUAACAGCCGUUGUGAUGUGUGCUGAUGCCACCAUGCUUGAGAUUCUGCUGGAAAUAAAUGGGAAGAGGCACCUUUGCAAGGGACGAACUCCAAACCGAUUUUUCAAUCAACCCCAACGUCCCUUGCCCUAAAGAAAUGUGAUUUUUGUUUAACCCAAGAAGAGAACUGAUUGUAGCUUUUUUUUUCUUUUCACCAGAAUUAGUAGUCUGCUAGCAUAGGCUUUUCUCAAUAAAAUUUUAACUGGCAGUGCCAGUUGUGAUGAAGGUGAAGUGGCUGUUGCUUUAUAGUCAGCAAGUAUUUAUCGAGCAACUGCUAUGUGUUGGGCCUCAUUCUAGGGCCUGCAGCUGGAGCCCUGAGCAAAGCCAAUAGUCUCAGCCCUCAGGAAGUUAUACAUGGUCACAGAGUCUCCAGCUUGACAGCUAGCAAACCCCUAAGAUUAUUUAGACUUAACAUGUGGUUUGGGCUGUUCAUAAGCAGGUCCAUGACCCCUACAAAUCUGCAUCUUUCUAUGACCCAAAUUUGAAAGUCACAUGCUUGAAGCAGGCCACUAAACUUGUCGAGUAAUCCAAGCUCAACGCCAAACAUAAAGGAUGGCAAAAAUGUUUUGUAUCCUGUGCCUGGUCUUAUUUAUUGGUACUGCCUGCCUUUAAGCCCCAGAACAGAUUGACCAGGUAUAGCAUGGGAGAAUGCUGUGAUUGAUUAGUGAUGUCUGCUCUGGAGGAGGGAAGGGGAACGUUAGCUGCACCCAGUGCUGCCUCUUGCCAUCUCCAGCCCAGUAACCUUCUUGUAGAGGUGUUGUUUACUACCCUUGCCACCUAAUACCAUGGUAGGAUUCCUACACUUGGGGAUCUGCAAUGGUCUGGCAUUCCUACGCCUCAUGAAGGUCAGGGCAGCCUCUUGACUACACACAUGCACAUGCGCACCUGCUCUCGAGUCCUCCCAAGGCUAAAAGGACAUCAGCACCUUUGUGGCUGCCAUGCAUGAGCAGCAAGGACAGCCUUCCGUGAUGGUAGGUCAUGCCCCCUUCCCUAGGAAGGCUGCAGAUGUUCACUUCCUGUUCCUUGCUAGUUGCCUCUGCACACGCUGCCCAUUUCCAGACAUUCCCACACCUCGUUCAACGUUUGAGCCACAUCCCUUUUACAGCUAGUGAAUGAGUUGGUAGUGGAUACUGUAUAUAAUAAUAAUAAUAAUAGUUCUAAUAAUAGAGGGUGGGUGGGGGGGUGUGGGUAAGUUUUGCUUUUCAUUAUGUUGUUUAAUGCAGUGCAUAGCCAAGGGGUGAGAAGCAUAUUCUAAAACAAACAAAAAAAUGAAUAAUUUAUUCACAGAAACUAUUAAAAUUGUAUGGUAAAGCUCAGAGCCAGCCCAGCAAGCAGCAGCUGCCACAUCUCACCGAGAAAAUUAUUUUAUUGAAUGUGAGUGAGGUGGGCACUGGAGAAGGUGGCCAGAGCUAUUUAUAAAUGCCGUGUACCUCCUUCCAAUUUCUCUCCCCUUGUGAAGGGCGCAGCAACUCGACCCUUGAUGGACAGAGAUUGAUGCAGCCCGUUUAACCAAGCCAAGGGACCAUUUUUGGCUGUCCCCGGAAUUGGAAGUCUGGACCCUAUUUUCAGACAGGGGACACUGUCCUUAGAGAGAGGGCUUCUGCUGAUGAGACAGGUUCUCCAGCAUGUUUAAAUACGUGCUCUAGGGAAUGUCAAGUUCGUGUGGUGCGAAAUAAGAGUUUUGGGGUCCCGUGUUCUUGGCAAACGAAGUUAAGUCAGUUCCCUUUCUGCAGGACUUUUCAGAGCCUUGAAGGUGUGCUGUGCACUGGGAAUUCCCAAGAGUGUCAUUGAGUCUAGCGUUUCUGACCUUACGUGACCGGGACACCCUGUUUUGCAGAUCAUCUCUUGGAGCUAGUGUUCUGCAGAGCACACUGUGGUUAGGUUGCUUUAGCCCAUCUGAGGUCCUCCAGGACAAAAGGUUCCUCCCUUUACCCUCCCUCCAAAAAACAAAACUAAAACAAAAAAAAACAAAACAAAAUGAAACAGCACCACGGUGUCCACGCAGCAGAGGCACUCGAUCAGAUGAAUUCACCUGCAGUGGCUCUAAUCCUGGAUUCUACCACAGGCAGCGGUUCCGUCCCUCCCGAGCGGAGUGGAGGAAAGUUUGGGGUGGGGAGGGCAUGAGGCCACCAGGGUCCCCCAGUGCCUCAAGCCUUAGGUUGCUCAAUGCAAGCAGCGUGAGCACAGCCUUUGACGAGUGCGUCUUCCGUUCCAGAGGCUGGGAUUGUUCACUGUGCGCUCUUUGGUCCUUCAGUGGC